AUGAGUCGGAGAACACGACGCUGGAUUUUAAGAGUUUUACUUUGUCUAGGGAUUGUUUAUUUGAAAAUUGGUGGCUUCUCGUCGGUGGUGGCCCUAGGUGCGAGUAUAAUCUGUAACAAGAUCCCCGGUUUGGCCCCCAGACAACGGAUUAUCUGCCAGAGUCGCCCCGAUGCCAUUAUCGUCAUUGGAGAGGGAGCCCAAAUGGGCAUCAACGAGUGUCAGUUUCAGUUUAAAAACGGGCGGUGGAACUGCUCUGCGCUUGGAGAGAGGACAGUCUUCGGAAAAGAGUUGAAAGUGGGCAGUAAGGAGGCUGCAUUUACCUAUGCCAUCAUUGCAGCAGGGGUGGCCCAUGCCAUUACUGCCGCCUGCACACAGGGUAACCUGAGUGACUGUAGCUGUGACAAAGAGAAGCAGGGUUUCUACAGUAAAGACCAAGGCUGGAAGUGGGGAGGCUGCUCUGCAGACAUCAGCUACGGCCUGCACUUCUCCAAAGUAUUUAUCGACGCUCGGGAGGUCAAACAGAAUGCAAGGACGCUCAUGAACCUCCAUAAUAACGAGGUGGGACGCAAGGUCCUGGAGAAGAACAUGCGACUGGAAUGCAAGUGUCAUGGUGUCUCUGGCUCCUGCACCACCAAAACCUGCUGGACUACACUUCCCAAGUUCCGCGAGCUCGGCUACAUUCUCAAGGAGAAGUAUGCCCAUGCGGUGCACGUGGAACCAGUCAAAGCCAGCCGCAACAAGCGCCCUAAAUUCCUCAAGAUCAAGAAGCCUUACUCUUACCGGAAGCCCAUGGAUACAGAACUGGUGUACAUAGACAAGUCACCUAACUACUGUGAGGCGGACCCUGUGACGGGGAGCUUGGGGACGCAGGGCAGGGUGUGUAACAAGACUAUGAUGCAGCAUAUCAGUGGCUGUGACUUGAUGUGCUGUGGCCGAGGAUACAACACACAUCAGUACUCCCGCGUCUGGCAGUGCAACUGCAAGUUCCUGUGGUGCUGCUAUGUCAAGUGCAACACCUGCAGUGAGAGGACAGAGGUGUACACAUGCAAAUGA